CCUGGGCACCUUGACCACACGCUCACUGGGGCUCCAGACCCAGGCUCCCUAAAACAUGGGCCGGGACUCAUAGCAGGACUUCGGGUGCUUGGUAUCCGUGUCAGGUUUUCUCCUGCCGUCUACACUUGACUGUUCAUGAGUCUUGUUCACUGAGCGCUUGCCACGUGCCAAGCCCAGGGCUGGGUGUUGGGGGACGAGUACGUGGGAAGCGAACACGCGCAGAAAGUUACCCGCAUUGAGCGUGUUAGUGCUUCUUGGGCUGAGUCCAUUAACCGAUGAGAAAAGGGUAAGAUGAGAUGGUAUGGGGAGGCUUGCACAAGAUCCCAGGGUGAGUGGGUACGUCAGGUAUGUGUGAGACGUGAAGGAUGACCAGGGGUAUGUAGGAUGGGAGCUGACAAAAAACAGUGUUGGAGGAAGAAGCUUAGCGUCUUAGGGGAACUGAAAGAAGUACUGCAGGAUUGGAUCUGGAAGACAGAGCUGCUUGGCGUUACUGUAUUUUAUCUUCCACCUCUGCUUGCAAAUUGGCCAGUUCUUACUCAGCCUCAUUUAUUUCAAAGUUCCUUGCUAAGGGCAGCAGUGAGCAGCCAACAUACCGCAUAUUUGCUUUUUUUUUUUUUUUCUUUCUAGAGCUACACAGGCUUGGUAAGUGCAGGAUCUGUCUUCCCAGUUAAUGCAGGCAGCAUUUUUUAAGUUGUAUUUACUGCGUAGCGGGAAUGACUAGCUUUCUACCCUGCACCACCUCUUUCCUCACCACCCACUGCCUGGCCGUGAAGCCAGUGCCACUGAGGUUUCUGUCACAGCCGCACCCCUUCUCCAGGUACAAAUUGUUACAUCACUAGGGUGCAGGUUACCCCAGUAAUGUAGUAAUAAUAUGGUAUAGUAAUGUAGUAUAGUAAUAGUAUAGUACAGUAAUAUAGCAGGUUAGGGUGCUUUUGUAACCAAGAGCCUUCAAAGUAUGCUGGCCCUAACAAGAUGGAAGUUUGAUUCUCCUGCACAGAACAGCAUGAAGAAACGGGCAUGCAGGAGAUUCGAAGCCAGUGGGCACGAGCGUGGCUGCCACCCGGUGAACACCUGUGUCCUGGCAUCGUGGGGCCCAGAGGACCGGGAGCCUCCCUCAAGAGGCUGCCCCCCAGCACCGAGGCCAGAGAGUAGCCAGGGGAGGCUAAGUACAGGGAUUUCUCAGAAUGGUGGAAGGAGCUCAGCCCAGCCUUGCCCAAGAUGUAUUGCAGGGGAAUCUGGACAUUUUAACCAUACCAAGAAUCGUUAGAAGAUGCAAGCUGGAAGAAAGAAGAUCCCAGUUUUGGUUUUUAACCCUUCAUGUUGCAGCAAAUGUGAAUCUCCUACAGAUGGGUUUGGGGAUUUCCCUGUUCAAAUAGCAGCCCGGUGUCCUCCAUGGGUGGGGGGAAGUUUGUCCUUUCCUUCUCGUAAAUCCACCAUCCUCUGCACGAGAGCCAGGAGAAUCCACAUCACUUCAAAAGAGCCCCCAAGGCCAGGCACAGUGGCUCACGCCUGUAAUCCCAGCAUUUUGGGAGGCCGAGACAGGCGGAUCACAAGGUCAGGAGAUCGAGACCAUCCUGGCUAACAUGGUGAAACCCCGUCUCUACUAAAAAUACCAAAAAAAUUUAGCCUGGUGAGGUGGCGGGCACCUGUAGUCUCAGCUACUCGGGAGGCUGAGGCAGGAGAAUGGUGUGAACCUGGGAGGCGGAGGUUGCAGUGAGCCGAGAUCGCACCACUGCACUCCAGCCUGGGCGACAGAGCGAGAUUCCGUCUCAAAAAAAAAAAAAGAUCCCCCAAAUCAUUACUACGUACUAUAGCCUCCUUUCAAAUGUUCCUGGUUGAGAGGGAGAUGAAUUGCAUUAUUUACAAGUCAAAAAAUGUUGUAUCAAACUUCCUAUGAGCUUGGGCACUCAUGGCCUGUGGAGGCCCGCCCAGACGCAGCCAGGAUGCUUUUUCAUUGUUUUGUGGAUGUACCCAGGGCUGUUUACACAUUCUUUCAUUAAAAGGCUUAUUUUUAUAUUUAAAACGUUCUAA